CUUCCCUCCCCAGCUCCCGCGCUCACACUGAGAGCGACUCUAUCGGCCGCUCGGCUGGCUCGGUCUAUCCCCGGCGCGCGGCAUUGUGGGUAUCUCACGCUCCCUCACUCACGCUCUCUCUCUCCCCUGACUGACUGACUGACUGACCGCCGGCAGUGUCUCUCCUCCUGCCUGCCGCCUGCCUCCCCGGACUCCCACCAUGGCCCUGCACGUCCCCAAGGCCCCGGGCUUCGCCCAGAUGCUGAAAGAUGGAGCCAAGGUGAGUGUGAGGAGAGCGGGGUGCGGCCAGCGGGGGCCCCGGGGGGCCAGGAGGGACAUGGAAACUUCUAGAACACCCUGUCCGUCUGUCUGUCAUACUGUCAGUCUGUCACCCUGGGGGCGCGCAUUAACCCUGUGAGUGCCAGUGACACCCCCCCCCCCCCAUUUAACCAUUUCAUUGUUCUUCCAUGGAAGCAUUAACCAUGUGGCUGACUGUGAAUCAGCCAGUUUAACCCCUUAAGGCCCAAACUUCUGGAAUAACAGGGAAUCCUGACCUGUCACUCAUGCCCUGUGUCCUUAAGGGGUUAAAGGGUUAAUACUCCUUUUCCUCUCUUUGAUUUGCUAUUUCCCCCAAUAAUAAAAUUAAUACAUCAACCAUUACUGUAGUUUGUCUGGGCCUGGCCCCCUUAUUUAUUUAUUUAUUAUUAUUAUUAUUAUUAUUAUUAUUAUUAUUUGUUACUGGCAUUUAUAAAGCACCAACAUAUUCCCCAGCGCUGUACAAUUUGGGGGUGAAACGACGCAGUACAAAAUAAAACAGACCAAUACAAAAAGGUAAAGAGGGCCCAGCCUGUGAGAGCAGACAUAUAGCCCCUGAAGAUCUCCUCUUAUACAGAGUGCUUUGCUAGAUAGCCCGUGAGCUUGCAAUCUAAAAAUAUAACGCUAUUAUAAUCAAAUGGUGUAGUGUGUGUUUUUUUUGUUUUUUUUAUGUUGCUGUAAAGUAAUAACCGUUUGUCACUUAAGAGGUUAACCACGUGGGAAACUUAAAGGACCACUAUAGUGCCAGGAAAAUAUACUCGUUUUCCUGACACUAUAGUGCCCUGAGGGUGCCCCCACCCUCAGGGUUCCCCUCCCGCCCGGCUCUGGAGGGGGAAAAGGUGUUUAAACUUACCUUUUUCAGCGCUGGGCGGGGAGCUCUCUGCCUCCUCUCCUCCUCCGAUCCUCCUCCUGGGCUGAAUGCGCACGCGCGGCAAGAGCUGCGCGCGCAUUCAGCCCGUCGCAUAGGAAAGCAUUUACAAUGCUUUCCUAUGGACGCUUGCGUGCUCUCACUGUGAAAAUCACACUUUAGAUGACUCAGAUUCUGCUAUAAUCACAUCCUGGGUUUUUUCAAACAGAAUGUGGCUUUCACUUCACCACAAUCCAUUGUUUUGUGAAUUAAACCCUAUAUGCUUCUUUAUGUAUAGGUAAAUUCCUGUAUUAUAAUAAGAUGAAGAACAUUAUUGCUUAACCCUGCCUUCAUCCAUUUUCUCCUUCACCAUUCUCCUGUUUCGGUAAAGCCUUAAAAGGAAGCAAUGUUAUGUAGAGUUCUCUGCUGGUUUUAGCAUUCCCUCAGUCUGUUAUCCAUACAUCACAUUUUCUGAGAAAUCAUGCAAGCUAUAUUAUUACUUUUGUAAUGAUUUUAUUGUUGUAUGUUAGGAGUGUGGACAUAUCAGGUCAUUUAAAUGACUUGAAGUUUUUUUUUUUAACUCCAGUCCAAUAAAAAAAAAAUAAAAAAAAAAAUAAAUAAAAAUCCAAAAUAGAAUCAUGAAUAAACAUAUUUCUGAUAUUUAAUGGAAUACUAUAGUUCCUGACACUACACCGUAGUGUUAAAGCCACUAUUUAGGUCCCCGACAUCCUGUCAGAGCAGUGAAAAGGUUUUUAAAUCACCUUUUUUACCACGCCGCAAGGGUCUCUCCAAACCUGAUCUCAGCCAAUCCAAUGCUUCCCUAUAGUAAAGCAUUGAGAGGCCAUAUCACUGCACCAAAACGUAAUCACUGCGCCAGUUAGCAUCUCCUCAUAGAGAUGCAAUAAAUCAUUGCAUUUCUAUGGGGAACAUGCAGGGCAUGUAGAUUCUGAACACAACACAGAAAGCAGUUCUAGUAAGUGACCUAGAGGUGUUACUAGGCAGCAAUUUCUGUGUAAAGGCAGUGUUUACAUUAAAAAGCCUGCAGGAACAUGCUAUAAACACCAAAACCACUUCAUUAAAAAGACAUUAUAGGCAUCCAGACAAUUGAAGUGGUUUGGGUGCAGGGUCCCUGUCCUACUUAAUACUGCUGUUUUAGAGAAACUGCAAUGUUUUACAUUGAAGCACUAAGACAGCAUCUAGAGGGACAUUGGUGCUGGAAUCAUGUAUGUGAAUAAAGGGGUUUUUAACACUUUUUAUGUGCAACGGGGGUGGGGAGCGCGUGGGUUUGGCUGACCAGAGGGCACAAUAGUGUAAGGAAUACAACUUUGUAUUCAUAACACUAUAGAAUCCCUUUUAAGUUUCUCUGACUACAGUCACUUUAUCACUAAUCCUAUACUAACUCACACCAACGAUAUACCAACCCUACCCCUUACCCAAUGUUUACAGUAACUCUAGCGCAUGCUUACCCUAAUAUUAACACUAUCUAUAACACAUACCCAUCAUUAAUCCUACACAAACCCCAAUCCUAAAGCUAACACUAACCAUAGCCCUAACUUAAUCAUACCCUUAAAUCUAACCUCACCACUAACCUUAAGGUAAUCCACUCCUAAUAUCAAUUCUGAUAUUAGAAAAUGGGUUUUACUAUUUAACACUGUAGAUAGUGGUCUGAGCAGGGAUCUUGCAAUGUUCACACCAAAUCUGCAGUGUGCUUCAUGCUAUCCAGCAGACAUUUAAGCCCAAUUUGUGAAUGAUGUUAUGGAACGUCCUAACGGCGGGAGGAGAUUAACAGGAUCUAUAAAUUAACCCUUUCAGUGCCUGUGUUAGACAAAGUGCAUUUUAUAUAUUGGUUAUAUAGGACUAAACACAUUCUGUGGAUAUCUAAAAGCAACAAACAAGAGAUGGAGUAUUCUGGUCAUUAGCCACAUUCUUGCCUUUCCACCCCUCUCUUUUCAUAUCUAUUUUUCUUCCUUCUGUUUUUUUUUUGUUGUUGUUGGAUAUUUUGUGUGUACUCAUCAACUCUGACAAUAACUGUUUGUUUUUCAGCAUUAUUCAGGUUUAGAAGAAGCUGUGUACAGGAAUAUUCAAGCUUGUAAAGAACUUGCCCAAACUACUCGCUCUGCAUAUGGACCAAAUGGUUAGUAAUAAUGAUGUUGUUUUUUUUAAAUUUUCUUUUUCAAUACUUGUUAAAGAUAAAUGGUUAUGUGUAUUUUUUCCUCCCCCUUCAAUUUAUUAAUAUUCUAAUGUAACUUCAUCUGUAGGAAUGAACAAAAUGGUUAUCAAUCACUUGGAGAAGUUGUUUGUUACAAACGAUGCAGCCACUAUUCUCCGUGAACUUGAGGCAAGUAUACACAUGACAUCCACACAUUUUACAGGAAUUGGAUCUGUGCACAAAGGUUUAAAACACAAACACCAUGUAUAAGUACACCUUAUAUGUUGAACGCGGGCUGUGAUUCCUUGCUUGGUAGCAGCAGUACAAAUCUGUCUGUGGAGUCCAGUGAAAGCUGGGGGCCAAGGAAGGACAACCAUUUGCAUAACUUACACCCUAUACUGAUAAGAGGUUAAUAUUUAAGAAAACAUUUUGUGGUACCUGCUUUUAAUAAAAGUAAAAAUAGAACUUGCGGUUUGCCAGACUUAUACUAAAGUUCAUUGUGUGCCUUAUUGUCCUGUUACAGGUCCAGCAUCCUGCAGCUAAAAUGAUUGUCAUGGCUUCUCACAUGCAAGAGCAGGAAGUCGGUGAUGGCACUAACUUUGUGCUUAUUUUUGCUGGUGCACUCUUGGAGCUGGCAGAGGAGCUGCUCCGAAUGGGCCUUUCUGUAUCAGAGGUUUGUCUACUUGUUUAUUACAGUUUCAACUAGAUCUACUAUUAAUACUGAUUUAUUUAUUUUCCUUUAAUUUUUAUUACUUUUUUUUUUUGUAUUGAACAGUAUUUUUCUGUCAAUUCUGUACAUUCCAUGUGCGUUGCAGUCUAUGCAAUUAAUAUAUAUAUUUUAUUUAUUUUUUGCUUUCAAGUGUUUAACUUUUUUCACAAAUCUAUUCUAUAGCCAGUUAUUUAGUUUUUAAAAAUGUUAGUGUUUUUUUCAAGGUAAUUGAAGGAUAUGAAAAGGCUUGCAAGAAAGCUUUAGAAAUCCUCCCUGAUUUGGUCUGCAGCUCGGCAAAGAACCUGCGGGACAUCGACGAAGUUGCUUCUCUCCUUCAGACCUCCAUUAUGAGCAAGCAGUAUGGGAAUGAGCCUUUCCUUUCAAAACUUAUCGCUCAGGCAUGUGGUAAGGUUAAUUAAUGACAUCAAUUGCUCCUUUUCCAGACUUACACAGGCAAUUUACUAACGCCUGCAUUUUAUUUGAUUUUAGUUUCUAUACUUCCUGAAUCUGGCCACUUCAAUGUCGACAACAUCAGGGUGUGCAAGAUAUUGGUAUGUAACACCAGCAGAGAUUAUGAUUUUUCUGCUCGAAAUAAGACUCAACAAAUAAUCUAUUAACCUAAAAUAAAUGUAUUACUGUGUACAGAAGACAUUGAUGAUUAAAUUCUGUACGUAAGUGCAGAAAUAAUGAUUUUUUAAAAAAAAAAUUUAAACUGUUAUUACAGGGUUGUGGCAUAGGGUCGUCAUCUGUUUUACAUGGAAUGGUUUUCAAGAAGGAAACAGAAGGAAAUGUCACCUCUGUAAAAGAUGCCAAAAUUGCAGUAUACUCAUGUCCUUUUGAUGGUAUGAUCACUGAAACUAAGGUAAGUUAUUAGAGUAUUGUGUUGGAUUUUGCAGUUUGUUCUUUUGUACACUACAGUAUUGAUGGUUUGUUUUUACUUGACUGUUGCUAAAUAAAUAACAAUGCCAGCACUUUUAUUUAGUAUUGGUUUUUUACAUAUUCAAUGGACUAAUUCCUCUAAUUUGACAAUACAAUCCUAUACAUUUUGGUUUUGUACAGACUGCUUUCAAACUUGCAAUCCAAAAUGUUUGCAGGUUUUGUAUAUAGUUUCAGUUUGAAGCAACACUAUAGUGUUAGGAAUACAAAACUGUGUUCCUAAACGUACAGUGUCCCUCUGCCCUCACUCCCCCGACGUGUGUGUGUGUGUGUGUGUGUGUGUGUGUGUGUGUGUGUGUGUUUUAAAUCACUCUCCUCUUUCCUGCACCAAGGCAAGACCUUAAUAAGCCACGUGCUUUAGUCCUAUAGUUAGAUAUAUUUAUUUUGAUGUCAUAUUUUGGGUUAAAAAGUUUAUCCAAAUAUAUUGUAUCAUCUGAAAAGCUUAUUCAAAAUCUUAAAUAAUAAAGAGGUUUAUUUAGUAACUGUAAUGUGACAUUAGGGGGUGGGGGGGGGGGAUAAAUAAAGUAUUUCAUGGUAAACCUAACUUUUUUUUUUUUUAUAUAUAUAUACAGGGUACUGUAUUAAUAAAUAAUGCACAAGAACUAAUGAACUUCAGCAAGGGUGAAGAAAAUCUAAUGGAGGAACAGGUGAAGGCCAUAGCUGAUGCUGGAGCCAGUGUUGUAGUCACAGGAGGCAAAGUUGCUGAUAUGGCCCUUCAUUAUGUCAACAAAUACAAUCUCAUGUUGGUGAGGUAAGGCCCAGUAUCUGGCUGUUGGAUGGAGGGGUUGGCAUUAAAAUAAAAUGUUUGGUAAUUGUGAUUCGUUUGAGCUAUAACUUACUUUUUUAUUUUAGGUUAAACUCUAAAUGGGAUCUGAGGAGACUUUGUAAAACGGUUUGUGCUACAGCUCUCCCAAGACUAGUAAGUAACGUGUAAAACUUUAAGAAAAGUUCGCUUUUGUUUUAUGUCAAAUCAGAUUAAAGCCCUAAAACUUUAAGGGUUUGGGUAUGUUGCAAUGCAUUUGGAUCUGAUGCUUGCUAUUGACUUGCACCUAUCCUGUAAUGGGAAUUUUCAUUGCAAAGUACCAUAAUAUCUUAAUUUUAUAAUAAAACCUUAAUCAGUACUAGAAAAGCUACAAUUUCUGGGGAAAUUGUGUGAAGAGUUCUUGCCUCCACCAGUAGUCUACAACUGGAGUGGGCGGAGUAACUGGGUGGAGUGGCUGGAGUAACUGUUGUGUGGUUCACUCACUCUACAGCAAGGGCAAAGAAGAGCUUUCAAAUCCCUCGAACAUUCCACCAACUGUCAGCAGGAGCUAAUAGAUUUCAAACAGGGCAAAGAAGAGCUUUCAAAUCCCUCGAACAUUCCACCAACUGUCAGCAGGAGCUAAUAGAUUUCAAAUAGGGCAGAGAAGAGCGGUUAAAAACAAACUGCUCCAAAUUGCUCACUUCACUGGCGGUUGCCUUCUUCAAACGGUCGUAUUUUAAAAACUAUAAAUCCUACAGUGAAGAGCUUUAUAUUGUGAGAAUCACAAGACCCAGACCUACAUUUUGAUGCAUAGUAUGUCUCUGAAAUAGUAAAAAUUAAGGCACAGUCGCAGUUUAGAAAUUGCCCUUCAAAUUUGAGCUUUGUAGAGUGGAGUUUCAAUGAAUGUCAAUGGAUGGUGUGAGUUGCAAACAAAUGAUUAUAUUGUGAAAACUAUCAGGACUAUGGCUUAGCCGUGGACAUUUUUAGUGGCAGCAGGGAUAGCCGAACGUUUUGAUAUAAGAUUUGUGUAGGCCGGCUUGGAAAUUAGUGAGUGGUGACAGUUUAGAAAUCAUGUCCUGAUUUUUCAGCUUUUGCCAGCUCCCACUCUAGUUUUGAACAUUUUGCCAUUCAUUCCUAUGGGACCAAUUUCGCCACAAAAACCAUAUUUUGUGAACCAUUCGGCGAAACGUUCCAGAAAGUAAUAGCAAUCCGAUCGGGAACAAUCCGCACGUUUCGGUAUAUUACUGUCUAUGUAGUGUAAAAACUGUGGGAGGAGUUGGGGUGGUAAAUUUGUUGAGAAUAAUAUAUAUGUGAGAUAUUAAGUGGUCUUGCUAUACAAGAACUCUUAUUAAAGUUGUUUUGGUGCUGAGGUCCCUGUUAACCGUUCAAUACAAAUCUUUCUAAGAUAGCAUCUGUUCUUUCUGGUACUUCCAUCACUGAUCACCUCAGUUAAUGCGCUGCGCCUCUUGGCAUAUCACUAGUUCCCUAUUCAGAAAACUGAGUGAAAAACAUUUCCUAAAUUAAUUUAUUUUUGCCCAAAUUGUAAAGUACUUCAUGGAUAUACUGUAAGAGAUUUGUCACUUUUUUACCUAUACAUUUUGAGUUAUUCUGCACUGUUGGAGGUCUGGGAAUAAGCCUCCAAUGAGUUAAUUUAUUGAGAGCCUAGUGCUGAGCCCCUGCGGUGUUGGUGUGAAAAUGUAAAAUGCCAAUUGAAGAUAGAAACAUAGAAUAUGACGGCAGAUUAGAACCAUUCGGCCCAUCUAGUCUGCCCAAUUUUCUAAAUACUUUCAUAAGAUCUGUUUCAAAGUACCAGUGAUGACCCAACAUGUGUUUAUGCAAUUUCAUAGACCAUGAUAUUUGUAAUACAACAUUAUUGCUGUUCCUAGACUUCUUCCUUCGAAUGCCCUUAAUCUUUUUAAGUUUAUUUCUUUUUGUGUAGACGGCUCCUACGCCAGAUGAAAUGGGUCACUGCAACGAUGUUUAUUUAUCUGAAGUUGGAGACACUCAAGUUGUUGUGUUUAAACAUGGUAUGUAUCAUGUUUAUUGUUGUAAAACCUUGCAUAUGUGGAUACAAUAAGGUAUCCUUGGAUGUCUUGCCAUUUCUGUGUAAUCCUGUGCCUUUAGUUUUAAUUUUAGAAGAAAACAUCUGAAUCAGAAAUAGUAACUGCCUUUUUAUUUCUUCAUGGGGGGACGGGGAGGAGAGAGAGAGUGCUUGUUUCCUAAAACUUUCCCGCCUUGUUUUGUCACUUUUUCUGAUCUUCAGCUCCUGGUAGUGAACUGGCUUUUCUUUCUAUACUGAUGUGUGAAGGGUAGUACUAAACAUAGUCUCUGGAAGGUCCUGGAAGAUCACAGGAUUUCCCUAGAUUAUCUUGUGCAAUUAAAUGAUGGGGAUCAGACAGGAAGAUGCACUUCAUUCUGUUAAUAGGUAGUACUAAUGGGGUAAUUUUUGUAUUCCUUUUUCAAUAGAAAAGGAAGAUGGUGCCAUAGCUACUAUUGUUGUUCGUGGUUCAACAGACAACCACAUGGAUGAUGUAGAGAGGGCUGUUGACGAUGCAGUAAACAACUUUAAAGUUCUCACAAGGGUAAGUCACGCAGGCUUUACAUCUGUGUACAGACAAGGCAGCCCCUAAAACUGUUUUCUUGCAAACCUUUUAUGUCAGCAUAGUUAUCUAAUUAUUUAUUUUAUUGAAGGAUAAACGUCUUGUCCCAGGUGGUGGAGCAACUGAAAUAGAAUUGGCAAAGGAGAUCACAUCGUAUGGAGAGGUAACUGGGGGAAAAAAAAUGUAAUUUUAUUACCCAUAUUGGUUACUUUAUACCCCACCUGUGAUAAUACAUAUUGUCGUUUUUUAUUUUUAUUUUUUUAUUUUUUUUUAAUUCAAAUUUCAGACUUGCCCUGGCCUUGAUCAGUACGCUAUUAAGAAGUUUGCAGAGGCAUUUGAGAGCCUUCCGAGAGCAUUAGCAGAGAACUCAGGGGUGAAAGCCAAUGAAGUGAUCUCCAAACUAUAUGCAACACAUCAUGAAGGCAACAAGACUGUGGGGUUUGACAUUGAGGUACUUGUCACCCCCAAUUCCUUAUUAGGAUUUUUUGCUUUGAACUUCAUAAUAAUGGAUAUGUAUGAUUUAUGUUGACACCAGCAUAGCAUAAAUGGCUUUCUUUAUAGCUAGUGUAUCCUGAAUAGGUUUUCUUUUUAAUGUGUCUUUCCUGGUAAAAUAUUUUAUAAUAAAUAAUAAUUGGAAUUGCCUAGAGAGAAACUAGGAUUAUUAAAUAAAAAAUUUGUAAUGGUCUGCACAUUUGCAGCAAUUCAGUAGUAACCAUAUAUAGUUCAAGUGUAACGUGCCUUUUACACCUUUCCUUUUGUAGUUGACCGGUGCAUUUAAGAUGGUUUAAAGCAGGGCUCAAAAUUUCCACUAGCCGUUGGCAAGUGAAAAGUUAGCCAUUGUGAUUUUGAGUCAUCCAGUCUUGCCGUGGCAAGUAAAAUUUUAAGCCCUGGGAGUUUUUUUUUUUUUUUUUUGUAUGAUGUAAAGCUGAUCUAGAAUUUUUUUUUUUUAUAUAUAUAUAUAUAUAUAAUUAUGCCAUGCAUUACUUUGACAUACUGAUAACUGUAUAUGUGUCUUUCUCUGACAUGAACUUUUUUUCACAUCAAUUUCCAGGCAGAGUCUGCAGCAGUAAAAGAUAUGUUGGAAUGCAAGGUACUGGACACAUACCUUGGAAAACAUUGGGGAAUUAAGUUGGCAACCAAUGCUGCUGUCACUGUUCUGCGAGUAGAUCAGGUAAACUGAGUGGAUUUUUCGUAACCUGUCCAGUUGCUGAACAUUCAGGGUGAUCCAGUUUGAAAACACACAUACACCGAAAUAUGCAAAUAGAACCAGCCAGACCAGGCAAAUGGCAUUGACUUUUUCUUCAAGUUUGCCAUUUGGAUUUCAGUUUGCUACAUAUAGGGGUUUAGUGAAUAGCCCUGAUAGUAUUAAAGACCGUACACAACCUUGGUAAUAGUCGGCUGUGGGCCCUCACAAUCCAUUUAUACAUAUUUGACUUAUGAAAUAAAGUGCAGCUAAAGUAUUUGUCAAUAUAAACACUGGAUAUAAAGAAACACUUGUGACGGUAGCUACCAGAUCACUAUGUAGUAGCUAUUGAUAGAUGGGGAAAAUGCUAUAGGGCUUGGCAAACAAAUUAAUUCAACCGGUAAAAUCUAUUUACAAAUUUAUCAUCUUCCCUGUUGAUGAAAUUUCAUUCAGCAUUUUAGUAUUUAUUACAUGAAUUUUUUGGGGGGAAAAGGUAUUUAGUUGUGUUUUAGACAUUCUGUGUCAAAACGUCUGCCUUAAGGGUGAGUAGUUGGAGCACCUGUGUGUUUGGUUUUUUUCCUUUAUGUAUUUUUGUUCAUGGUGAACUGUGUAAAACUUGUAGAUUAUAAUGGCAAAAGCAGCUGGUGGACCGAGAGCUCCCAAACAGCAAGGACACUGGGAUAAAGAUGAUUGGCAAGAUGAACCUGAAACACAUUAGGUUGUUACAAAUGAGCAGGUGCCGACACUGUCCUGCACGGAAUUGGACUGCACACUGCAUGCUAUCACUACUAACCAGUUAACCUGUGUGAUAAUGUCUCUGUUAUUAAUUAACUUAAAUUCAAAGUCACUACUGGAGGAAUGGCAUUGAAGUAUUCAUUUGUUUUUGUUUGCAGGAAGUCUUUUGACUAUUUGAUUACUAGUAUUUUGACUAUAAAACAUUUGCAGUGGUUUGAGAUCAUCUUGUAAAGGGCUGCUCCAAACAUAUAAAGCACUUCACUUUGGUGACAUGCUUUAUUUGUCUGGGGUCUCUUUUGUGACCGUUUAUAAAAGUAGGGAUUUCAGUAGAAGUCAGCCCUUUUUAUAUAAUUUCACCGAAAUUCCCCCUCCCCUGAAUCGGACAGUCGGAGAGGUUUUCUUUUGCUUCCGUUACUCCACAGAGAUAACAGAAGCUGUAGGCACCCUGUGCUAGAGCACCUGCAUUCCCCCUUCUCAAUGAGCUCUAUUGCAACUCAUUGAGACUCGCAUAGGUAAGCUGCUAAAGUGCAGACAUUUUUUUUUUAUUAUUUUUUUUAAACUUUUGUAUUUCCUUUUUAAAAUGAUCUUUUAGUCAGACUUUUUUUUUUUAAAAGAGUAUUUUUCUUUUGGUAUGAAGACUGUACAACAUCAAAUUCCUUAUACCAGUUGUACAAAAUAUAAUUUGCCUGUUAUAUUCAUAUGGCAAAAUUGUAAACGAUGACCAAUUAGAGAUUUCUUCUAAUAACAAUUUAGGAUGUUAGAAUUAAAGUGUCAUUCUCACUUUUAUUAAAAAUGUGUGGAAUUCGUUUUAGCGUACUUUAAGAAUCAUGUUCUUAGUGAAAACAAACAUUUUAAAAUUCAUGCAUAAUUUAGAAAAGUGCCCCAAUCGAAUACUGCAAAUUCAUAUCUGUCUCCUGUAAGAUAGUGAUUGGAAAAAUUCAUGAGAAAGUGAUGAUGAAAGGCACCAUUUUAAUUGUUGCCCAUGAAAAAAAAUAAAUAUAUAUAUAUAUAUAUAUAUAUAUAUAUAUAUAUAUAUAUAUAUAUAUAUAUAUAUAUAUAUAUAUAUAUAUAAUAUAUAUAUACACACAUACAUACAUACACACAUACAUACACUGGUGUUUCAGCCAUUAUCAAUGCUGAAUACAAUUGUGCUGAGUUUGUUCUAUUUUAAGAGGAAAGUCAACUAUGUAAGAACCUUUUUCAUUCCGACGAAACUAUUUUGAAUGGGUAUGUUAAAUGGCACGUUCUAUGGGUUAUUAUUGCACAGCCAGCUGUCAAACUAUAUAUCUAAUGGCAAUGGUUGGUGGGAGUUGUAGUUGUAUUGGCAAAUCUAUGGUAUUUCAGUACCCUUUGUGUGGUAUGUAAGCAAACAUAUCUGUUUUUAAGGUUUCUGGCACUGUUGCAUGAGCAUGAUGAGGUGCAGUUAUUUAAAUAAGAUUAACUUGAAUAUUAACAUUGUUUUAUGCUUUGCCAGAUAAUCAUGGCCAAACCAGCAGGUGGACCCAAAGCCCCAACGGGAAAGAAGGACUGGGAUGAUGACCAGAAUGAAUGAAGACUUGUGUAGAUGUCUGCGAUAUGUCGGUUAAAGGACUUUCUUAUCAGUGUGUUUUACACAAUCUGUGCAGCUCUUUCAUAUUUCCUUUAAGUUAAAUACCCCUCCAUGUGGAACAUCUAUCCUGAUCUAGCCGACUGCUUAUUACCUCUGAUUUGCAAAUUAGAAGUAAUGGAAACCCAGGCUAAUGUGCUUCUUUCUCUGUAGAGCUGUCCGGUUUUGAUUAUUAAAUCUGAUUUCUAUGUUUUCACUAAAGCACUGAAAUAAAAUGCAAAAUAUUAAGGAAUCUUACGCAGCUUAUGAUGUCUUAGGAGGGGGGGAUGAAGGGGGAGAG